AUGAUACCCAUGAACUGGCCAGCAUCACGCCAACCACCUAAAACUUUCUGUCCCUCUGAAGUCGCUCGAGCGCUUACUCAUCCGGAGCUUCAAGUAUUGGGUUAUUCUUGCUGGCGCGAAGCCAUGCCAGAUAUUCGAUCAAUUUUGUUUACGAUGCGAGAGAACAAUGACGUUGAAAUCUUACAGAAAGGCGUUGUGCUUGAAGGAGAUCUUGGAGCCGGAUUAGCAAAUGUGGUUGGACCUAUCAGAGUGCGAAAGCCCCUGGCUUGA